AAGAAGGUCAUAUGACACUUUUAUCAGCUGACACGAAACUGCAAAGAUGGUGAUCUUCAGUGUGUAUGUUGUGAACAAGGCUGGAGGUUUAAUUUACCAAUACGACAAUUAUACCCCGAGAGCCGAGGCUGAGAAAACAUUCAGCUAUCCUUUAGAUAUAGUACUCAAGCAUCACGAUGAAAAGGUAGUCGUUUCAUUUGGACAGCGAGACGGAAUAAGAGUGGGCCAUGCAGUGCUGUCUAUAAAUGGAGCUGAUGUGAUUGGCAAGAACACGGCAGAAGGAAAAGACAUCCUUGAAUACUUGAAGGAUCCCUCUAAUUAUCCAGUGUCUAUUCGUUUUGGACGAGCACGCCUGAGCUCCAAUGAAAAACUGAUGCUGGCAUCUAUGUUCCACUCGCUGUUUGCUAUUGGUUCACAGCUGUCUCCUGAAGUUGGCAGUUCAGGGAUUGAGAUGCUAGAAACUGAUGUCUUCAAGCUCCACUGCUUCCAGACUCUAACAGGGAUAAAGUUCAUUGUGCUGGCGGACCCUCGACAAUCUGGCAUUGAUGCGCUGUUGAGGAAAAUUUACGAAAUAUAUUCAGAUUUCGCCCUCAAGAACCCAUUCUAUUCUCUGGAAAUGCCAAUAAGGUGUGAACUCUUUGAUCAGAAUCUGAAGAGUGCACUGGAGAUUGCAGAGAAAGCUGGCAACUUUGGAGCUGGAUCUUGAACCAGGGAAGACCAGAGCACAUUUUCUAUCAUUUUAAUUUCACAGCAGGUUCAGAGGCAUUUUAAGACUGGGAUUGCAGUUGGUUAAAACAAAUGACAUUUUUAUUUAAUUUUCCUAGACUGGGAUUGAAUACUAUGUAAAUAACUUUUUUGUAAAUAUGUGAGAAUUAAAUUACAACCUGCAUUUAA